AUGAGUGAAACACCAGAUCCUGAAGCGUAUACCACGCCUUUCGCUAUCACUAAAUCUAUUCAUCGUAAUCCUUAUUGGGCUAUCGAUUCUAAAAAUCCAGCGAAUAACCAAUCUGGUAAAAUUAUUAUUAUCACGGGAGCUAGUGCUGGUAUUGGAGCUGCAGCGGCAAAAGUUUGGGCUGAAGCACAUGCAUCUGGUAUAGUGCUCGCAGCUCGUCGAGUCCAACCUAUAGACUCUCUUAUCGAGAAGCUUCAGCCUAUUAGUCCUGAAACCAAGUUUCUUAGUGUGAAAGUCGAUAUUGCAAAUGAAGAAGAUGUUAAGAAACUUUAUGAGACGGUACAGAAGGAAUUUGGUAGACAUGCUGAUGUACUAUUGAAUAACGCUGGAUUUAUGUCAAAGGGUAUGAUUGGAGAGGAGGAACCAAGUGCUUGGUGGAAGGGAUUUGAAAUUAAUCUCAAAGGUCUCUAUAAUAUGACCCACCACUACAUCCGAUCCCAACCUUCCCCUAAAACGCCGACUGGCACAAUCAUUACCCUUUCCUCCGGACGCGCUGGUCUCACAGGACCUGGUGGUUCCGCAUACAAUAUCUCUAAAAUUGCCGAACAACGUUUCGUCGAACAUCUUCACCUCGAAUAUCCUUCCCUCCGUGUUUUCACUACGAUGCCAGGAAUCGUAUUGACUGAUAUGGUGUCAGACAGCUUCAAACCAUAUGCACUUGAUCAUGCUGAUUUGACCGGUAUGUUGGCAUUGUAUCUAGCUCAGGAGAGAGCAGACUACUUGAGGGGGGGAAUGGUUGGAGUUAACUGGGAUGUUGAGGAAAUGGAGGAGUAUAGAAAGGAGAUUGCGGAGAAGAAGGCGUUGCAGACUACUUGGAUUUCUAUCCUGCCUAUCAAUGGUGGAAAGGGACUAGCCGGGUUGAGGGAUUAG